AUGCUGCUGUGCACAUUUGUUUUCUGAAAGCACUCCAAAGCAGCAGCUGAAAGAAAAUGUUAGGAGAGAAGAGGCUUUGAAAGCGCGAACAAGAGCAGGUUUAACUUUCUGAACAGUCACAAUAUACCAAACAGUGCUGGGCAUAUGGUAAGUCUCAAAAGGGACAAGCUGGGAAAGGGUUCUGGAUUCAGGAGAAAUACCUUGGUUAGGUCUUGGCAACCAGCAACCACACCCCUGGGGCAACCAGUCCCAGAUCCAUCUGUGUCUCACAGCACCCAACCAAACAGACCUGCCACCGCACAACCGGCUACUCAGGCCUGGGCAGAUGAGCAGGCAGCACUGCAGCCAGACCAGGUCCAACAGGGUAAGAUCUGGAGAGAGUCUGUUGAGGCCAAACAGAGAGGAAGGCAAAUCCGGUACCAGAACUGGAGUUUCCUUAAGUACUAUGACCAAACAGGUAAGAGAAAGGAGCUCAAGCCACUGCCAAACUAUAUAGCUGUGUUCUCAAGCAAAGUUCCCAAUUUGACCAAUCAAACUAUCCUCAGUCAAAUGAACACUGAGCUUGGCAGAGCUCUGGUUAUGGAUUAUUUCUUCAGCAGUGGAGCACGAAAGAGGAAACUUGAGGGUGAGCUCCAACUUUCCUAGUGUUUCAGUAACAACAGAACAGUAACAAAGCAAGUUGA